AUGGCUAUGGCUACACGACUCCUGACUGAUUUACAUAAAAUGUCACAACACCAGCUGAAUGCAAUCCGAAAGGAGGAGUUGAUUCAAAGUAUAAUGAACGCUGCAGAACCCGCCGAUGAUGAACAUUUAACAUUACAGGAGCAGUUAAAGUCAUUGAUUGAAGAAGUAUCAGAGCUGAAGAAGGUGUUGACAUCUCCUAACAGCAUAAUUAACAAGAAGAUACAAGACCUUCAGGAUCAGGUGAAUAAGCAACAGGAGAUCAUAGCAAAGCAACAAAGGUAUCUGGAGGCCCUGGACCGGAAGGAGAGGGAGUGUAACCUCGUGCUGCUUGGUGUGCCUGACGGGAGUGAGAGUAUGGAUGGUGCUAUGACAGACGAGACCAAGAUCAAGAAAGUGUGGACAGCUAUAGGAUCAUCCAAUGCCGUAACAUCAUCAAGACGCCUGGGUCGGGAGGGUGGUCGACGCCGCCCCAUACUAAUCACCGUGGCGUCAAGGAAUGACCGCGAUUUUGUGCUGGAGCGUGCAAAGCGCUUGAAGGAUGCCGGCGAUGCAUAUAAAAAGGAUCUUCAUUAA